AUGACAACAGCAGAAGGGACAACAACAUUGCUGUCAACAACAGCAAAAUCAUCAACAACAAUAAAAAACCCAACAACAACAACAGCAGAACUAAGAUCAUCAACAACAACAACAACAACAGCAGAACCAGGAUCAACAACAACAACAACAAUAGAAGCAGUCUGUCAAUCGGGUGCAACUGCUAUUAUAUUUGAUGAUAUUUCAUCAUCAGAUCCUGUCGAAGCCGAACUUCCAACAAACUAUGCAGGACUUAGCUGGACCAAUGGAUAUUAUAUAAGUAUAAAUACUAAUCCUGGCUCUGGCUAUAGGUAUGCUGUUGCCUCUGGUAUAUAUGUAGGUUGGAGCAAAGGGCCUCUUAUAAUGCAAACAAUAUCGGCUAACUCCACAAUGACAUUUGUAUCAUGUGUAAUGGCUGCCGGAUGGUGGGAUUCAAUACAAAUGACUAUUACUGGUUAUUAUUCAAAUACUCAAUUUUACACAGCCACAUACUCAUUAAACACAUAUACACAAACUUCAGUUGUACUUAACUGGUCUGGGAUUAAUGAAAUUAUUUUUACACCAUCUACAUCCGGAUAUCCUGAUUUUGGUAUAGAUAAUUUAUGUAUUAUAUUUUGA